CUCAAAUCCACCCCUCAGGAGAGAACGUGAAGGAAAGAAAAAAAAAAGCGAUGCCCACCGAACAUGAGCGAUGGCGCCAUGCCUUGACAGCCGGUGCCUCCCCCCCUCCCCCCAAUCUCCUACCGUCGGUAGCGUCUGCCCCGCCUCCUGCCCCACCAUAAAACCCACCACCAUCUCUCAUCCUCAUCCACAUCUACAAUCCAUCUACCAAACCUCUCUACCCCUUCAACAAACAAACCCCCACCACAACUUCAAUCACAAUGGCCGACGAGCGUCAGAACCCCAUCCGUCUGGGAACCACUGCCCCGAACUUCGAGGCCGAGACCACCCAGGGUCCCAUCAAGUUCCACGACUGGAUCGGCGACAGCUGGUGUGUCUUCUUCUCGCACCCCGAGGACUACACUCCCGUCUGCACCACCGAGCUCGGUGCUUUCGCCAAGCUCCAGCCCGAGUUCACCAAGCGUAACGUCAAGAUGAUCGGUCUCUCGGCCAACACCGUUGACUCGCACGAUGGCUGGAUCAAGGACAUCAACGAGAUCUCGCAGUGCAACCUGACCUUCCCCAUCAUCGGUGACAAGGAGCGCAAGAUUGCCUACGCCUACGACAUGAUCGACCACCAGGACAUGAGCAACGUCGACUCCAAGGGAAUCGCGUUCACCAUCCGCUCCGUCUUCGUCAUCGACCCAAAGAAGACCAUCCGUCUCAUCAUGUCCUACCCCGCCUCCACCGGACGCAACGCCGCCGAGGUCCUGCGUGUUGUCGACUCGCUCCAGACUGGGGACAAGCACCGCAUCACCACCCCCAUCAACUGGAUCCCUGGUGAGGACGUCAUUGUCCACCCCGGUGUCAGCAACGAGGAGGCCAAGACCCUCUUCCCUGACUUCCGCAUCGUCAAGCCCUACCUUCGCUUCACUCCCCUCCCCGCCGACAAGAUCUAAAUGUGCAAACAAAGGUCAUGGACGGAAAAUAAUGAAUAACGGCGUUUAAACUCUUCUUUUUGCUUCUUCUUCUUCUUUUGCUUCUCCUUCUCCUUCUACUCUGGGAAUACCUGUAUUCAGGACCGGGGCAUCGCAUUGUAGCUCAAUAUAAAGCUGUAAAGUGGAUGCAUGAUAUCAGGCA